AGCGACAAUGUUGAAAAAAUCGUGCGAAUUAAUGAUGAGCGAAAGCACACACGAACCCGAAACCGAAUACUCUGGCUGUGCUGGCUUACUGCGAUUAACAUCAUUAAGUAGAUUGGUCCACUACCUAGCUGAAAGUAACUCUGUAAGAGCCGUCAGAAAGUCAAUGAGGAACCUUUUUGUUAUUGUUUCUCUUUCUCAUUGUCUUUCGGCUGAUAUUUUUUCGAUUUCGCGGCACUCUAACUCAGAUGAUCACCUUCUGUGAUGUGCAACCUGAUUUUCUAUACAUGUAAGCAUCUGUGUCUGUAGUAAAUACACGACCGAGGAAGCACCAGAGAAAUAAAUAGAAGAACAUGCCUAGCAGUCCUGUUUCCGGUGCGCGGUCGCGCGUAGUGGAGGAAUUGCCUAAACGAGGGCACCUCCAAAAGAAGCUUGAGGAGUAUAAGCAAGCCGUUUCUUCGUCAGUAUCAUCCGUCAGCGGGUCGCGGAAUACAGUCCCCGGGCCAGAGGAUAUACACUCAUCCAUAGCAGGAGAAAGCGUGGCAACAUCGCGGAGGGGCGGAGAGCAAGGUGGCGGUAGCAGCUCCUCAUCGUCGAAAAAUCGAUACACUUAUGAAUAAUGAGGCAGUUUUCCGAAUAGAUUCACAUCAUCAUGAAUAAUGAGACGAAAUUCAUCACGAGCCUAGAAUUUGGAUUUUCCUCUUCGCUUGCAAGAACGAAGUGAGUCUGGAGCGCGUCCGUAGUUUUUUGUCGUUCUUGCCCUUUAAUAGGACAAAGAACAGAUGAUGUUCCUGUUGCUGUCCCAGUUCGUCCAGGACGUCAAAGUUGCGUCUAACCUGAAGACAGUACUAGAAGAAAUUCGGCAAACAAUGGAAUGCCAACGAGUAGUGCAAACCCGUCCAAAGAGACGACCGGCAGUGCAAAAGACAAGCAGCAGAAAGCCUUCUGGCGCACGGCGCAUAGCUUUUCUGCCGUACAGGGCGAAGAAGACGACGCCAGUCAGCAGCGGCUGAGGCAGGCGGCCGAGGCACAUUCGAUAGCCGAUGGUGGCGGAGGAACGAGUGCAGCUUACGCAGGUGUAGAUUGGAAGAAAAUCCAUAAGUUUGAGGAAGAAGAAGAGAAAUUUUACGCAGAGCGGCAUAACUCUCUGGCGAAAUCGUCCAAGUUCGGUCUGCGGGAAAAGGAGGACGACGCGGAUAGUCUAGACAGUUCGCCGAAGUUCGCAGCGCCUGGGGAGAAGAACGACGACGAUCUGCUCUUUCAGGUUUGGCUUGAUAAAAGCUCACAACGAAUUCAUGUCGCGUGAUGGAUGCACUAAGAAUAUGUACUUAAACAAGUCGUGACGUUUUUCUACCUGGCCAUCUUCAUCUUCUUGCUUGAUCUUGUACUAGCCCUUUCAAAGAAUAAAUCCAGGUCGAAUUGUCCGACAACAUCAUCGAAAAUAGCGCGAAGUAUCAGGAGGAGCACAAGAGGAUAUUGGGUAAAGUAAACCGGCAGUGGGCACGAAAAUUCCGAGAUUUCCACAAAGAUAGUAUUUUUAGCAGAUAACAAUUUUUUUUUUAUUUGUCUUACUUUGCCUUUGACGAUUUUGAUCUUGUUAUAAAGAAUUUGAAUUUGAAUUAAUUUCGAUUAUGCUCAUUUUUAGAGAUACAUUUGGCCGGGGCGUUGGUUGAGCAUGUCGUUGAAAGCACUUACAAUACCUGCUCGGAUGCAUGUCGUUGCAAGUCAGCAAAACUGCUUAAUACGCAACCGAACUGCAUACCACAGCUGAUAUGCGACACUCCGCUCUUCUGGAGCAAAUUACGUGUCUUGAAAGCCUGAUCGAGACUACAGAAGAAUAUCGCUGCCGACGAGAGGAUAUGGUUGCCUUCAAAGACAAUGAAGUAUCAUUGGGCGACUAUAUUUAUCAUUCUGAUGAACAUGAUGAAUCUAAGAGAAGGACAAUGACUUGCUCCACCUCUAGAUGAAGGUUUUUUGCCCUCAUGAGCAAGAGUAACCAACGCUACCCCGAACAACAUGAAAAAUGAAAAAAAUGCAUAGGAGCCGAGAGAAGUACACCUUCCUAAUUACCUUCAAGCUGGACUUGUUUUCAUCACUCAGAUGCUGAAACUCGAAGGCGCAUACGAGGAGGCGCUGGAAAAAUUAGAACAGCAAAAACGUGUCUGUUCUGCGAUGCAUGUGGACGUGGAAAAAUGGCGGAUGCAAGCUGGUCAGGCGGAAGAAGCUUUUGACCAGAUCCAGAAGGAGCUCAAGAAAGACCAGCUCAGCAUGAAGAAAAAAAUGGAUCUCAAGUGUGACCACUUAAAAAAGACUGUGCGAGACUUGAAGGAACAAGUAGCCGUCCUGGAGGAAACGGUCACCGAGAGGAACGACGAGGUUUUAUUUCCUACUUGGUUGCAUAACACUUCUAGAUAGAUAUAACCUGCAUCGAGGAACUAAAACUAUAACGGAAAAUUCGUCGACGCGUCAACAUCAACAUCCUACUAAUUAUACCCAAAAAAUGAUGUUGAUUUUGUUCGAAGCCCCCACGUCCUACUUCGAAUAUCGAUAGCGCAUCUCACAACCCACCUUGUCUAGCUUUCGAAACUGCGACAAGCAGAGACGACGCUGAAAAAGGAGACCAUGUCUCUCCAAAAUGAGAAGGAAAUGGUUGAAAAAACUGCGAAGAACAUCGUCGAGGAAUGCGAAGCCAAGUACGGCGCACAGCUCGCAACGGGGAAGGUAACUUUCUUGAGGUUUGAUUUCUCUAGAUCAUGAAGAUGAAGCCGAGGAGAAUGUGCAGGACGGUCCUGGAUCAUUCGCCACCUUCUCUGUCCAGAAUUGAUUCUCUCCGUCUCACCUCCGUUGUCCGAUAUUUUUCUGGUAUUUUUUUUAGCGAAACCGAAGGACAACUUCUACUACUUAUUGAUUUUCAGACUGAGCUCGAAGUGAUAAAGGGUGAUAAUUACGAGAAAGCGAAGGAGAUAGCAGAGCUGCGGUUCCAAGUACAGAAACAGCAACAAGACAUGCUUCAUAUGCAACGUGAGUACGAACUGCAGAUGGAAAAUGCCCGCAUCAAAGGAGCUGUCGAGUCGGUAAAGCUGCAUCUGCACGUAAACCAACAGCAAAAUGACGACUACGAUAUUCAAGUGGCUGAGAUCAAUAGCCAACAGAACAGCCCAGCGAACAAAGCGGAAUCCUCGAUCGUCGGUGGAAUUAUGGCACCUGCGGCAGCUGAAAGUGGCGCUCCAGCGCCUCUCUCAAGAGCUAGUAGUCUUUCGAGUCGGGAUGGAGCGUCUAUGGCUGGUGCCACGGUCGUGCCGAGGCCUUCAGCGAGCAAGGGUACAACAACUUUUGACUUUGCUUUGCUCACGCGCUAGUAGUCAGAUGAGUACUGCCUCUUUUUUAUGGUUUCCGAGGAGCAAAGAACGAUAUUUAUAAGUAAACGAUGUCGAAGUCUUCAAAGCAAAAACUUCUUCAUAUUAGUUAUGUUUUUAGCUAGAAAGAACAAGAAGUUGGAGGCUCAUCUCGAUCUCGAGUGUGAUCAUUGGCACAACUAGUACAUUAUCGACUGCACGACAGCUUCGCAACCUGUUGCGCCGGUGUCGAACCGCUUCGCUCCAAAAGGCGAAACCGAUGCCACAAAACGCAAACCGGCCACGAACGCAUUCGCAGAGAUGUACGCUGCACAGAACUUCUCGACAUGA